AUGCAAGCCUCCUUGGAAUUCUCAUCCAAGCGCAUCGAUACCCUACAGGAACGUGCAAAUUGUUCAGAAGAAAAACUUAAGAUACAAAGUCGUGAAAUUACCGAAAUGCAAGUGAUAUUAGAAAGUCUUUCCUUCAAAACCCAAAGACAAGAGCAGUGGGCACGUCAGUUAAAUGUAGAAAUGGUGGGAGUACCAGAAAUUAAAAAUGAAAAUCUAACAAAUAUAGUAUUAAGCAUGGCAGAAAAAGCAGGUGUUGUGUUGAGCGCCGGCGAUAUAAAAAGCUGCACAAGAGUAUAA